AUGACGAUUUUAGGUUCCCAAAUUCUGACCCUAUUCGGGUGUCUGUUCAGCCUAUCUUUCCUCUUAGUGCCCACGGAGGCUUGGACGGGGAGAGUUUGCAGCAGGGUUGUGAAAGCUUAUCGUUACCAGAGAUAUUGCUCUUACAGUACAUGGCUUGGAUGUUGUAGAUACAGUUCCAGAAGAGUAAGCUAUUACUAUACACAAAGCUAUUGUUGCUCAGGAUAUCAGGAAACUAGUCCUGGCAAUCGAAAUUGCAACAAACCUGUGUGCAGGCCUUACUGUUUCAAUGGAGGGACAUGCAUUAGACCUGACGAAUGUGACUGUCCAGACGGUUUUACGGGGCGGCUUUGUGGAGACACGGCAUGCGCUUCACACAAACAGCCAUGUUACCCUGGAUGGUGCGAAAGCAAUAAUUGCAAGUGCUUCAAUGCAUUUACAGGCACAGGCUGUAAAGAAGUGAUUUCGUCGAAUUAUAAACCAAUCAUCGACAGCUGCCAGACAGCCUUCUCAUUCUAUGACCGUGCAAAAGGCAUGCAGAUGUAUGAGCACAAAGUUGAUGCGACCGGAAAGAAUGAAACAGAAAUAAUUUGGAGCAAUCAAAACUCGUACAACAUCAUCAACAUGACGUUUGAAGCGUCCUUUGAUUGGCAAACGGAGAGGGAAAGCCUUCCCAUGACGCCAGAUUAUAUUGGUGACCUCAAAAUUGGUGUUGUCAGCGCCAUGGUGGAUACAAUUUACACCAGGUUACCGAUACCAGGUACAACUGGGAGAGAGGUUGUGUCUAGUCAGACGAAAACUUACAGAUGCGAAGGGCUAUCUCAGAGUGACCCUGUCACAAUCAAUGAACUAAAAUGUCGGUUGAACGAAGAAAGCUUUCAACUAGCAAUACGCUCAGGAGACUGGUUUACGUUCACAUUUUCUGCUAAGACGGGAGGAUUUAGAAAUCUUAUCGAUACAAACAACAAUCAGCCAUUCCAAACAGAGUACUAUACAGGAAAUGUACAAACGGUCAAAGUGAUGCAGUUCCGGUUUGAUUUUGAGGUUCCUGAACAUUGCAAUUUAACUUGCCCGACAAAGUCAGUUUUGAAGGUCGUAGAAGAUAUAACUAAGACACCUAUCAAUGUACGCUGGUCCGGUUGGUCCGACAUCAUUAGCGGGGUUGCUGAUUACACGUUGGAAAUAUUUAAGUUGCAGCCAAAUCGAUUCUCAAACAUUCUGGAGGAGCCUGAUCCUCUUGGACCUAAUGCAAUAUUUAGAAUCAACCAUACCACGUCCGAUUUUGAGUACAUUAAAACGUAUACACCCUCUGAACCAGGGAUGUACAGUCUGAUUUUGGAGAUAAGAGAUCGCGCUAAUAACACCGUCUAUAUCCGGAGAUUUGCUUUGUAUGACCCUGUGUCAGAGAUCACAAUCAGCAGUGACCAUAAACUUACUGUGACAUCUGCGGAAGCAGACACUGGAUAUAUAUGGCAGUCGAUCUUUGGUAACUCUGCUAAUGGCGGCACAACUAUAGACGUAACAUGGAAGAAUUUCUUCCUAAACAAAUUGCAUGAUGAAAACCACCUUCUCAACUCAAUCAGCCCUUAUCCUAAUCAACUGGAUGACGGAGGACGACGCGGAGAAGGCUACAAAAGGAUAUAUCCCGAGUUCGAUGACAACGAAGGAGAAAGAACAACGGGGGAGAUUCCCAACACCAGAGGUAUUGUCCGCUUCGACAUCGUAUCUGACUAUGACAGCAAUGGUGGAUCUUCGCUUGAAAAUCCUCCAGAUAAAUGGCGUUCAUUGCCUGGCAUUCUAGACGGCGACACAGAAUCGUUUAAUGCCAAUGCUAUAAGCGAUGGGAGUACCGCAAAAGUAUGGGUACGAGCCCAUGACGCGAUGGGUAAUUCUAGGACGGAAUCAACAUUAGUUCACUUUGACAUGUCUGAACCAGAGAUCAUCGAUGGGCCUGUAAUUCAAACUAACAUUGAAAAUGGAAAUUUUCCAUUUUCUAGCCGUAUCAAGGUAGAAUGCCGGGACAUACACAGUGGUGUGUACAAAAUACACUGGAAGCUACGAAUGGCCAACAACAGAUCUUUUGUGAAAAUGGAGGGAGAUGCAAUAAAUCCGUUGCAAACCAGCAACUGUGCAUCUGACUGCUAUCGGACCUUCAUCAAUGAGUGGUACAACCGCUCUAUAGAGUUCGACAUUAACCACUGCUGGAUGAGGAUUCCAAAGGAAAAUCUAGAUACCCAAGUCAUGGAGCUCCACAUGGCUGUAUUAAACUCUGCGAUGCUUUCUAUCACAAGGGUCUUGAAAAUUGACAACAUAAGAAGUUACCGCGGUAUUGAAGAUUAUUUUGGGCCAAUGAAUAUCAAGAUGACCAGACAAUCCGAGACCGGCGUCAGUUUAUCAUGGGACCACGCCCCUUCUUGUUAUGCACGUGACACAAUUCUAGUUGUCGUGGUUAUGCCUGACAAUAGCACUAAAACCUUAAGAGCGGAUAAAGAUACCGAUCGCUUCGAUAUCACGGGACUGGUAGCCCUCACGAAAUAUCCCAUAAAACUUUACACUAUCUACGUCACUGAUGACGAGACUGGUGAGACGACAACAAGUCAAGAAUCAUACGUCAUUAUUGAGACUGCACCAAAACCAACGGACGAAGGCUUACCAGGGGGCGCUAUUGCUGGCAUUGUGAUAGUGAUCCUGCUUCUGGUCAUUAUUGUCAUCGGCGUCGUAUUAUUGUGGAGAACCGGCAGAAUAGAGACUUUGUUAGCACGCAUCCGGUCCAGACGCGAAACAACGCAGGCCUCACCUGUUGUAUUUAGUAGUGAAGAGGGGCGGAAGGGACGCAAAGUCACCGGAGUGAACAACAAGAUGUACUCGAGGAGCUUCAAUGAAGACAUGAUAUACUAUGGAGAGGUGGAUCUUUCUAAGAAGCCAUGGUCACUCUCGCGAAAGGAUAUCUCACUUGAAGAGGAAAUAAAGUCAGGUCGUUUUGCCACCAUAUAUAAGGCGAAAAUGUUCUCCCGUCAUCACGCUGACGCUGACACCGUUGUGGCUAAAGUAUUGAAAGCGAACUGCGAAGAAAAAGACGUGACAUUAAUGAAGGCUAAGAUUAAUUUCUAUGGCUCCGAAGUUGGUAAUCACCCGAACGUCCUGAAGUUUAUUGGGUCAGUCGACGACAAUGCAAUGGGUCCAUUUAUGGUGUUGGAGUACUGCGAGAAUGGCACUGUGAAGGACUACCUAACAAGCCAAAAGACCAAGGUCAGUGAGCAGGUCCAUGAACGACUGUUCAAAUUUGUCUUCGAUGUCAGCAAAGGCAUGGAAUACCUGGCCAACAAAAAGAUUGUACAUCGGAGAUUGGCUGCCAGAAACAUUCUGCUCACCUUCCUCUAUGAGGUGAAGAUAUCCGGCUUCGGGCCGAUACCAAAUGAAGAAGACGAAAGUGGUAAAGCGGAGAAGAUCCCUGUGAAGUGGCUUCCUCCUGAGUGUAUAGAGGCUAGCUCUACCCGGGACGCUACACAGAAAUCCGACGCCUGGUCUUAUGGCAUUUUGAUGUGGGAGAUAUUUACCUUAUGUGACAUCCCGUUCUCAGAUGUUCGGUCUGCGAGUUUACUGCCACACCUAAAGAGGGGAGAAAGACCGCCGAAGCCAGAAUAUGCUGAUGAAAAGAUGUAUGGCAUUAUGAAAAAGUGCUGGCAUGAGACUCCGAAGAAGAGACCAUCUUUCGCCAAAUUACGAGCAGAACUUGAGACACUUUUCAUCUCCUCAGGUGAUGACGAAUUCUACUACGACAACCAGUUCAUCUACGAUAACAAACAAUAGUUAACAGUAUUGUUGGACGUUUUCUACAAAUAAGUGUUUUUUCUAACCAAACACGAAGAGGGCAUAUGCAGUUGAGUUUAAACUUGACAAAACCAAUACAAAUUUACUUCCUUCAUCAACUUUCAUAAAGUAAAAUAAUGUAAAUACACACAAUCAAAAGUGGUUUCCACUUGUAAGUGAUGGAAUGAAGUUUGAACUUAAUUCUGACUACAAAAUGUAUACAUGCUUCUACGAAGUAAGGAUUUAUAAUCAAAGCAUCUCAAUAUCGUAAUACACAUGCUUAUGGUUCACUCACCUUUGCCCAUUAACUUACGUUGCAAAAGAAAUAACAUAUUGUGUUGUACAUUUUCAUUAUUCAUUCUGGAGUGAUUCCAUUUUGUACAUUGAUAAAUAUUACAUUAUGUGAAGCUAUAAAUAUAUUACACAUUAGUUACCAAACGAUAAAUUCAGUCCCAUCGGUUACAUGUUAAUUAUUGACAAGACAUUUACAAUGACAAAGAAUCACUUAUGUCACAUCGACAUACUUCUUACUACAAAAUGUAUAUAUGUUUCUACGCUUCAUUUUGCUUUAAACUUAUACAUGGUAUCAUUUGUAACAAUAUAGGUGAAUAUGGACCUGUCCUGGUCUAUAACAUUAGGAUCUGAACAUCUGUAACAAUAUAGGUGAACAUGUACCUGUCCUGGUCUAUAACAUUAGGACCUGACCAUUUUAACAAUAUAGGUGAACAUGUACCUGUCCUGGUCUAUAACAUUAGGAUCUGAACAUUUGAAACAAUAUAGGUGAACAUGUACCUGUCCUGGUCUAUAACAUUAGGAUCUGAACAUUUGCAACAGUAUAGGUAUUUAAGGACAUGUGGUCUCUGAUCAGUGCUAUUUGACUGUAAUAUAUUCUCAGGUCACUCUUAAGUGUCCUACUUGUAUAUCGUGAAGUAAAGGUUUGUACGUAAAAGUUGAUUUACCUUAAACUUAGACAAGGUUUAUAAAACUGGUUUGGAGCCUCAAAUGUUAAAUCACUACCUAAUGAUGCAUCUCCUAAUGCCACAAUUUCCUCACAUCAUCAUUCUUUAUUUACAUUACUUGUACACUAAAUCAGAUGUAAAAGAAUGCUUAUCUUUCUAAUCAGAGAAAAAAAUUCAUAGAUGGAGGUAUUUAUCAUCGUUUAUUUACAUUACUUUGACACUAAAUCAGAUGUAAAAGAAUGCUUAUCUUUCUAAUCAGAGAAAAAAAAUCAUAGAUGGAGGUAUUCAUAAUCAUCGUUUAUUUACAUUACUUGGACACUAAAUCAGAUGUAAAAGAAUGCUUAUCUUUCUAAUGAGAGAAAAAAAUCAUAGAUGGAGGUAUUUAUCAUCAUCGUUUAUUUACAUUACUUGGACACUAAAUCAGAUGUAAAAGAAUGCUUAUCUUUCUAAUCAGAGAAAAAAAAUGGAGGUAUUUAUCAAGAUGCUUAUUGCAUUGAUUAUCCUUUAUUUGAUCAGUGAAACCUUUUCUUACAAUUUACAAGUGACUUUCGUCCCUGGUUUCAUCUGAGCAAAUACUAACAUGUCUACAAAAUUAUAAUCCAAUCUCUAAUUCAAUAAAA